GAGCUGUGAGGUCAUCGAUAAAUUUUAAGGCAAAAUGGCUUCCCUCACAGGGAAGCACCAGUGGUAUGUUGGUGAAGAUGGCUGUAUUUCCAUCGGAGAGCCAGCAAGCAAUGUGACAUACCACUCAGCCUUGAAUUCAAUAAUUGUAACAACGGAUGAGCCAGCUGUAAAGAUUUACGAUGUUACCUCAGGAUCAGUUUUACAAAAAUCUGACCUUUCUGCAACAAAAGGUGACAGAGUUAGGAGCAUGUAUUUGCCAGAGAAAAAUAGAAUGGUUUUCAGUAAUGAUGUUGCAGUUGGUGUGCGGAGGGAUUUACAAGGUGUUUUAUUACUUGAUACUGCUCUACAGACACCGGUAGCCUCUCAAGAUGAUAAAGUUAGAUUGGAACUCCCUUUAGCGGAGGCCAGUCAGCUGUUGAAGUCUAUAGCAAGUGCGGAGUUACAAUGUACAGAUGCUGUUGAUGUAGUAGUGAAAGAAUUACAACAAAAAAUUGAGGCUGUACAAGAAGCAACGAAAGGCAAUCAUAAAACAGCAAAGUGGGCAACAGUUUGUUUAGAUGUUCCGUAUAGUUCACUGAAAACAGCAAGUAGUUCUCUUGUAACAGAAAUGAAGCGUAUGAAUAUUCACAGACCAGGACUGUCCAUUGCUUCUGCUGUUACUGAUCGACUAGGUUACCUGUUGCCUAGCAACAGUUUAGAUCUCAGUGGUUGUACUAUAGAAAGGUCAUUGAUGUAUAGCGAGGCAGCUAGAAGAGAUACAUUUACAAAAUGGCCACAUAUGAAUUACAAGUGGGCUUUACCAGACCCUAUGGCUCAAGCAGGCUUUUACCACCAGCCAAACAUUUCUGGAGAUGACAGAGCCCUAUGUUUUACAUGCAAUGUGUGUCUAGUCUGCUGGGAACCAACAGAUGAACCCUGGUCUGAACAUGAAAGACAUUCACCAUCAUGUCCGUUUGUGAAAGGAGAGCAGACACAGAAUGUUCCUCUAUCAGUGACAUACGCUACCCAGCCAGCACUGACACAUAGUACAACUGGGGAGAAGAUAGCCUGUGUGAGCACCACUGCUAGUGAAGAUUAUAUAGCAACUUCAACCAAACAUGGCCAUGUUGUAGUAUGGAAUCUAAAACAGAAAAUGAAGAAACAUUGCCAGUUUGCAAUAGAUCCAUCAGAAACUCCUGUAGCACUGAAGACUGGUUUACAAGUAGACAGACAAAAUAAACAUAGUAACCAGACUGAUACACAUGAUGUAAAUAUGGAGGACAGUCUAGAAAUAUCAUCAACUAAGGGAGCUGAAGGGUCUAAAGAAGAUGUGGUGGAUGCACAGAAGAUGCAUUCAGGAACAUCACAGUUUGUCCUUGAAGAUGUAGAAUGUAAAGAGGAACUGAUGGAAAUACCUCUCCAUGAAGCUUUACCACAAACAGAUGACUCAAAAUCUUUUAUUAGACCUAAUGAAGACAUUCAGGUGACAUCUCUAUGUGUUGUUGAAAAGCCAGAGACUGAGUGUGUUGAAAGUCAGGUAACAAGAGGCAAGAAAGACCAGAAAAUAAAAGUAAAGAAAAGACCUAUACAGCCUAGUGUAAUAUGUGGGGUAUUACUAAGAUGUCCAAAAAACCAAUCAAACUGUGAUGAUGACACUGGGCAGUCUGAUGUUCAGACUGAUGUACAGUUAAUGAAUAAAGUAAAUGAAAGUGUUAGUGGAGAAACAUCUCCACAAAUUAUAACUGAUGCAGACUGUGAUACACUUGCUCACCAGACUGUGCCCACAGAUGAUGACUUUCUAAAUUCUGCUACAAAUUUCAUUCCUUACCUGCUCAUUGUAUCAGUCAAAGAAGAUGUAAAACGAAUAUCUAAACAGCCAAGCACAGAUUCUCUAAAGCCUUCUACAAGCUCAGGGAAUAUGGUGCCAACAUUAGGUAGUAUGUCUAUGAAUCAACCAGACUGGAGUUUGUUAGACAUGUACGACUCUGACCAAGAUUGUCAAAUUGUGAAGGUAACACCUGGUCCGACGUCACUUUCAACAAGUAGUCCAACGGAGAGUAGUAAGCAAGAUGACAUGGCAGAAAGCAGCGGAAGUGGAAAAGUCUCAAUACCAGAGAGUGCAAUAAAACGUCUUUCAAGUCAAAAAUCCGGAACUGUACUACAAUGUGUUGAAUUACCUAGUGAAUUUCAGUCAGAAAAUUUAGAAAUAAAAUCAAUUUGUCCCACACUUGACAAACAACAUAUAAUUGUCGUAGUUUCACCACGAAAUACAUGUUCAUCUCAGUCAUCAGUGACUAGUGUGAAGUGUGAGGAUAAUUCUGAAACUGUUAGUGAUAAUAGUAAUCCAACUAAUUUUAUUUUAUCAACUAGUGAAUCACAGAGUGAUAAUUCUAAGAAAUCUUCUGGAUUUUCAGAAACAAGUGAAACAAGUGGCUCUGAUGAUAAUAUGAAUACAAAUACUUCAGUCGGAAAAUCAAACUCAUUGCCUGAUUCUGGUUGUAUUCUUAUUUACAAGUUUAAUUAUGAUCCUGAAACUAUGUACGCCACUUUAGAAGAAAAACCGGUGAUAGUUCGACAUACUGACACGUCUGAUGGUGGGAUUUCUUGUUUAUUUGUGUUGCCAGGGGAGAUAUGUGAUCAGAUGGAGGAGGAAGACAUUGUUCAGUGUGAUGAUGAAAUAUUUGUCUCUGCCCCCACAACAGACUUUCCUCAAGGGGGUAAAUUGUCGGGACUUUAUGGUCAAUUGGCUGUGAUAUUUUCUAGUGGGAAAAUGAAUAUUCUCAGCAGCUGUGAUUUAAAUGUUCUUGCCUCUAUACAGCCUCCAGCUGGAGAUAAGUUCAUUGAUGUCACUUUCUGUUCUGGAAUUGACAGACUGUGCCUGUGUUCUAGUCAAGGAAAGCUGUUUUUCUACCAGUUAAGUGAAGAUGUUCCAGAUCAGUCUGACAGUGUGAUAGAAGGGGAGCUAACUCCAGUAGCAGAAUUCUCUGAUUCUAUGUUUCCAGGUGAAACAGUGCGACCAGAUGAAGGUGUAGAACAGUCACCAAAAACCUCAAACUCAGAUCUUCUUGCUAAGAAAUCACUGACUUUUGAAUCAUUAAGUCAAGUACAUAACUUGAUCCAGUUUGAGAAUUUAAUGCCCAGAUUUACAGCAACAGUUCCUCCAUGUUGGACAGAAAUUCAACAAGAACAACAACAACGGCGACAUCCUCAACACCUGCAACAUCAAGGGGAGGCAACUCAACAUACUAGAACAUGGAAACUUCAACCAGACAGCAACACAUGGGAUGAACAUCUGUUAGAGAUAGUGUUACCUCGAGUAUGUUGUGUGGGACACGUGGAUGUUAAAUUUAGCAUCAGUUCACUAUGCCCAUUAACUCCAGAUAUACAAAUGACACUACUUAAACAAAAUAUCAACGCCAUAUGUCGUCAGUCGAAAACCGGACCAGAAGCAUCCUCUACACCUGUUGAUAGUAAAAUAAAUUUUAACAUCGGCCAAACAUAUAAUUCUGACGAGUCUGAUUCUUCAACAUCUUCUGGUACAACUGCAGCGAUAAAUAAUGUAUGUGACCCACAAUUUCUUGAAAGUCAUAAUGCGGAGAUAUUGUGUGGACCAGUCAGUAUAUCAGACUGUCUUGAUCUAUCUGGAAAUAGUGGACUGGUGUCACUAACAAGUCCACAACUACUGCUAUCCAAACCACGAUCUUUCCUCCUGCAUAUCAAGGGCUUUCCUAGUAAAAUUAUAGAACGACAUGCUGAAAAAAUGAAGGAUAUGAAGAAGAAGCGUACGGCAGCACAGGCAUCAGACAAGAACAGAACAAAAACAAUAAAGGCAUUGUUUGAGAACUACUCUACUACUGCUGCUGGCAAAACAAGAGUUGAUAGCUUUAAAGGAUGUGAUUGGCUCACAGAACUUUCUAUCACAAUCAGAAAAACAAAAAAGACAAAUAUUCCCAGAGAAAGAGUUCAAAGAAAUGCUGUAAUAGAUUUAGUUAGCUACCAUGAGAAAUUACUGUCGACAGUUGCGUUUAGUAAAGGAUUCCUGUUAACAGGGAUAAGUCCUGAUCAUGUUCAGAACAUGUGCCUAGAUGUGCUCACUUGGAUUACCAAUAUACAAAUGAAUGACCCUGACAGAAGAAGUUCUGGACGUUGCAUUUUAUCAACAAUUCAGCCAAAGUUAAAGGAGAUCAUACAAGCUUGUUUUAUACAAGGAACAAGAACUACAUCACAUAAAUGUUCUAGACUUCUCUCACAGUGUAUGCAAUAUAGUAAGCGGGCUUCUGAUCCUGAUUUAGCACCAGCUUUCAAUCUUGGUCUCCUGGAAGCUUUACUAGAUUGCCUCCCUUUGUUACCUUGUGCCUAUUCAGCAGGAGGAGUGAAGUGGUAUUUUACAUUACUCAACCGUGUCAAGUGUAUGGAUGUAAUAAGUACUUCUGCUGUUGCCGGGCAACUUCUAGGGGCUAUCUCCAAACAUUUCCAUGAACGAGCCUCACCACUACAUGCUAUUUUGAAAGCCAGAUAUGGAUUAAAUGGUCACCCUUUUGAACCAGACCUGUUUGAUAUGGAAAUACCACAAGCUGUGAAACAAAUUAUUCCUGGGAACCAGAGUAUAUCUUCUUUUACAAGUUCAGUGUCUGGAACCAGUACAUCAACUAGUUCUUCAACAACUUCAUCAACUGCUUCCCAGCAACAUGAUGAUCUAGAUUUUUAUGACUUUUUUAAUGGUCCAUCAGAAAAAUCUACUAAAUCAUUGAUGGAGCAUGCCAGAAAUCAUGUACUAGGUAUGUUAGAGGUUGAACCUCUGCAUUUUACCUGUCAUUCAACCAGUGACGGCACUAAAAUGGAACGUCUUGACAGUACAGCCACCAAUGGAUCAUCUGUGAUAAAUCCAGGUUUAGGAAGUUCAAGUCUUGGGGGAAAUAUGUCAGGGACUAUAAACUUCGGAGAAUCCAUGCCUCAGACAACUUAUAGUUUGUCACACUCGAGUUUACCAUAUAACCUUCCUCAAACAAUAUCUGUAGCAGCAAAACAACUUCAUGAACAGAACUCUAAAAACUAUCAGUCAGUGAAACAUAAAAUAAUGCAUAUAAAACAAAUGUUACAUGAAGUGAACAAGAAUAUCCCUCCCUCAGUACAGAAAACACCAAGUGGUAGCUCAGAACUGAUGCCAUCUACACCUAAAACAACACCACAGGUGAUGACUCCUCCCCUUACACCACCUAAUGAAGCUUGGCAACAGAUAUUUUUACAAGGAGAUAAAGGUGACACACCAAAGAUGUGCAGUCAGGCAAGGCCAUCACUGUCAGUGCAACCAACUCAUGCCCUACUUCAACCUCCACCACCACAGGUUCUAGUCAUUGAACGUAUCUAUUCAGGUGCAAGAAGAUUUGUGAUAUUAGAUUUUGGUAAACCAAUUUUAUUGACUGAUGUUAUAAUACCAUUGUGUGGUGAUCUUGCCUCACUGUCUAUAGAUGUCUGGGUACAAGGGGAGGAAAUUGAUGGUCAGAGACUGGUUGUGGCAUCAGAUAUAGGAGUUCGCUCCCUUGUCAUGAACAACAUUAUGCCACCACCUGUUUGUAGAUAUCUCAAGAUAACAACUAUUGGAAGGUAUGGCAGUGGAACUACAAGAUCUAAGAUUCCUAUUGGUGCAUUUUAUGGUCACAGCUAUAUCUUACCAUGGGAAUGGAGUCACAAGUUUGAUCAUCACGGCACUGUAGGGACAGGUCCAAGUCAGCUUGACCUACCAACACAGUCUCAGUUAUUGUCACAUCUUGGAAGCUUUAUGUCUCUUCUUGAGGAUAUUCAGUGUCGGUACAGCUUGGCACGGGCCAGACUAAGCACAAUGGUCCAACAAGUGGAGUCAUUACAAUAUGCCAACUUUCAUACCCAGUAUUACCUGAAAAAAUCCAAGAACAAUGAUGAAGAAAACAGUAUCAUUCAGGCAUACAAUGAGUGUUUACAGUUACAGUUACAGCAGAAUCUAGCUAUGAGAGCUAUAGAUAGAUUACAGAGUGCUAUAGGACUACGAGUUCCUACAACACAAUACCCAUCAAACCAGAUAACCAUUCUCAGACAGGCUUCCACUGAUAAACUAAGAUGUGUGUUGGAGAAUCUACUGGAGACAUUGAUCAGUGUAACUAACACAUCAGCUAGUAUCCUCCAGCCACCAGUCUCACUAUAUACCAGUCUAAACCAUCAGAUAUGCCAGGAUGUGUUCAAAUAUUUAUGUUUCCAUGGUACCCCUAGACUACAGAUCCUCACUGGCAUGGUGCUGGUGAGGGUAUGUGGGAGUCAGGCUUGGUUUGGAGAGUUUCUGGGUAACAUGCUGCAGGAAUAUUUCCAUUCUGAAACCAUGCAAGUGUUUUCACAAGACAGGGUAUUUAUUUUAUUGACUGCUAUGGGUCAGAGGUCACUACAGGGUCCAUGUUCUGUAAGCAUUAUGGAAAGUUUGCUGUCAAUGUUGGCUAGGGUUCUUUCCCCUAUACAUAACACAACAGGAAUGAUGUCCCCUACUGGACAACUAGACCUCACACUGAUUGGCUGGAUUUUAUUGUUCAUGUGUCGUAACCUUGACAACACUAUAGCAACAAAUGGCAAUGGGGAAGAAGAAGGAGCAACAGCAAAGAAAGUUACUGGUUCAAACUUGUCAAACAGAUGGAAUUUUAUAGCAGCAAAUGGUAAUGUGAAGUCACAGAUGAACAAGAGUCAAUCUGUAAAAAUGUACCGUAAAUCCCUGCAUAAACGUCUUCUCCAUCAUAAACAGAAAUUGCUGGAUAUAGACCACAUGAAGAAAAACUUUAUGGCACAAGAAAUGUCUAAUAGUAGCACUCUAUUGAAACAUCAAGGCAAACAAUUCUGGAAAGAGCUCACACAGUUUGCAUCAAAGCAUUUGAAGGACAUUAUCCAGAUUCGCAAGACCGAUGCUGAAGUUUUACGUAAGCUGCCCAGGGACGAGCGUCUGGCAGAGGAGAAGGAAUCCUUGGAUUACGAGCAAGACUCUGUACUUAUUCUGCCAAAAGAGAAAUGUCUGCCAGUGGUACAUGGACUGAUGGCACUCCUGUUGGGGAUGGACUUUACUUGUAACGUAGAUCUCUUCCUCAUCACUUGUAAGGUGAUGGCACGUGUUUGUAUAUCUACACGACCAGCUAUUACACUGACUGAAGCAAUGACACAAGAACAACUAGAGAGAUUAAUCAUGUUAGCUGCUAGUCUAGAAUUUAAUCAUGGUAAUAUCAGCUGGGGAGGACCCUGGGCUGGUCACGCACUCACAUGUCUACUCCAAGAUAUCCUUGAAGGUGAGCGUGUUUUCCCUAGUAACCAGUAUGAAGGUAUAACAGAUGAUGAGAUAUCUAGUCAGGUGACAGAUGAUUCUUUACAGGGCAGUGUAAAUCUGAACACAUUAGAUCUUACUGCAGACACACAUGAUAGUUCAGGUAAUGAGAGUUUGUCACUAUCUACUAUUGGAGGAGCAAGUAAUUCUGAUCUACAAGAUACAUCAGUUACAGAACAAGAUAUAUCAGUGAAUCAGAGUAAAGAUGAAGGUACAAGUUUUGAGAAGGAAUCAUCAAUGAUGGUAGAUAUGUUACUAGAUGAUGAUGAUGAAGAUGAUAUACCUGAUAAACUUCAUGCUUAUGUCACUGGUGAAAACCUCCAACCUCCCAGCACCACUGUUAUGAAUCAAAUGCCAAUAUCUGAGAUGGAGGAUAAAUAUAAGCCAGGGAAAGAAGGGCUGGCAGUAAAGGCCAUUAAAGCAGUGUUUGGUUCAUCUGGUUACCCUAAACCACCUAUUGUUGACACAAAGCAACCCAACAACAAUAGCACCAAUACCAGUACAGCUGCACCCGGUCAAGGUCUAUCAACAGCUUUAGAUUCUAGGUUAGAGCUUGGACUUGAGACUCAAAGUGAGCUGAGACUGCGCAUGAUGUUAUCUCUUCAGUCAGAUACUCUACAGAAUGCUUUUACAUCCCCACUGCCUCUACCACCCCUCGAGGCUCGUAGUGGUACCCAGUCCAGGUCAUCUCCAGCAGAUGUUGAUAUGAUGGAGACUGGUUCAGGCAUGCCACAGACAACAUCAUUUGAGAUGUUAAGCAGUGCUUAUGAUGAUCUCUUCAGCCAACUAUUACUACAGCGAGUAAACAUGGACGCCUUACUUCAGCUUUGGCUCACGUUAAACGAGGAGUCACCUUACGAUGCUAGUGAUACUAAUACAACACAGUUUGAUUCAAGUCGUUCCCCUGUGAUUCCUCUCAGUGUAACAUCUGUCACCAACCUACUAGCUUGUGUUGCUGUGCAACCAUCAUUACCAGUUCGUACCUGGGUGCUAGUGUUCCAGAGUUUAACAAUGCUUGCCAAUUUGAGAAUAGGAAUAGAUGAACAGAGGUCAAUGGUUGUAGCAAUGAUGGGAGAUAGUAACCUUGUAGCAAUUAUCACCAAAUUCUUGUCUGGAACAUCAAUGAGUGCUCCAGCCUCAUCUUUUGAUUCUAACUCACAGGUUGGACCAUCAGCAGUGAAGGCUUUCAAUUUAUUUCUACAGCGUCUUAGAGUGUGUAUAUGUGGUGAAGAUGACAAACAUAAUCUCACAGAAAUUAUGUUAAAACUAGUUUAUACACUCUCUGCUGAAAGGGGUGCUUUCCAUGCUAGUCUUGGUCCUCUGGAUUCUCAGUGCAAGUUUCUGGAGUUUGUUUUAGAGUUGACAUAUGAACAGGUUGAUAUAAACAAUGCAAUUAGUGUGAUAGAGUCAGUGAGCAUACUUGUCCAUAGACAUAUACUCUGUCAGGAGAGAGUGUACUGUCGUAGUACCUCUGACAAUGGUGUAAAUGCCAAGUCUUGUUUUGGUGGCUUGUUUGCGAGUUUACUCAGGGGAAAUGAUGGUUCAUCCAGGAAUGGAGACUGUAGUAGAGAUUCCUUAAUGUGCAGUUUGUUAAAACUUGUGAAUAAGUUACUACAACUGAACUUCCCGACACGAUAUGGACGUAGAGUGUCUGUUAGUGGGGAUAACCUAGGUGAAGGUCAUUCUGAACCUGUCACUGACUCAACUAAAUUGUCCCAGGCUCUGGCAAGUGCCACCGCACCUCGUGCUUCAAAUUUUGCCGGACAGUCUGAUGAAGAGAAGGUCGGUCAGGCAAAUGAACGUACAGAAACUGCACAGACAGAUGAACAAAAGACUGAAAGUGCUCAGCAUGACAGAGCUAGUUCUGAACCACAAGGAAUUAAUUUAGCAGAUAUCAUCCUAGACAGAAGGGCGAUAAUGUGUAACUUUAUACAAGCUCUCAGUUAUUGUAACAGCAGUACAAUGGCCAUGUUGUUAGGCAGCAGUGGGAUGCCUAGCAACAUGCUUGACUCAUUUACUGGAGGUGAUCCUCUAUCUGUUGGUGAUGGUAUAUACCAGAUACUUGUAACAUUGUCGAGACAGUGUAGUGACAGUAGACAUUUGAUGGAAGCUUUAUUUCUAUAUCUCUCUGGAGGUUUUAUGUCACAUGGAGCCCCAUCAUUGUGCCGACUCUCAGAACCUCUACUCUGGUUUAUACUCAAAGUGCUUCACUCUCAAAAGAUGUUGAAACUAUUCCUUGAUAAAGGUGGUGUGGAAGUUGUAUGCCGUAACUUUGUGAACUGUAACAGCCGAAUCAUCAGUACCAGCCCGAGUCUAAUCUCCACCAUUAUGCAGAACAUGAAUGGACAGGCCAGUACUGACAAGAGGAAAAAAUGGGAGUCAGAAAAUACCGAGGGGAUACAAAACUUUGCUCCACUUGGUACAAUAGUAUCAUGUAGCCCUACAGCAUCUCCUGCCGAGGUUCUAAUUGUGUCUACACCACAACAUAGGAGAGCAAGAUCGGCACCUUGGUCAUAUCAUUUCUACCCUGAUGAGGCAUGGGUAGAUCUGAAGAUUACUCUACCAUUUGCUAUACUGUUGAAGGAAGUACAGAUUCAACCACACAGUCCUGCUCUUUCUACAUGUCCAGCAUAUAUCUCACUGGAAGCCAGUCAAGACGGUGUCACUACUUUCCCUCUUUGUGCCCCUAUGAACACAAGCAGUCUUGUCUUCAUCAAGUUACAGUUACAGAGGUCAGAGGUUGUUACCUCGGUGACAAUAAGGUUACACAGGGCACGAGACUCCAUGACAAUAGGGCUGUCACAGAUACUACUCAUGGGUUACAGUGCAUUUGGAGAAGUUGGCUAUAAACCAAACAAUUUGUUCUUACCUACUGAAGACUUUGUCUCCAGAUCAAGUGUUGGGUGGAUACGAUUGUUACAUCACUGCCUGGUAUCACAGAAAGAGAUGGAAAGUAUGGUGGCAGAAGCUGCAGCCCCGACUCGGGGUCUCCUGAACACAUGUACAGCACUGCUAGUCUCCCCUAUAUCUACUGUAUACUCUCCAACAAUAGAGGCUGUACUACAGAAACUUGGUCUCCACUCGGGAGAGCUUGGUCUUGCACUCAUAGAUAAUAUACUGCGUAGUAAUUCUUCUGUUUCUGACAAUGAAUUAUCAUCUCAGUACCUGGGUAAAAUGGGAGGUAUAGCUAAUGAAUCUACUGUAGAAAUUCUGUACCAACUAGGCACUGUACAAGAUAGAUGGACAGCUGAUAGGUUAAAAGCAAUGCUGCAGUGGUUAGGUGACAGUGCACGUGUAGCAUUACAAAGAAAAGCAGUGUUCUCUGAUGAUGGAUUUAGACAUGUUCCUCGUGAGGUCACCAAUAUGACCCUGCCAGGCCCCGCACCUUCUCAUAUCCACUGUAUAGCAGCUGUACUGUGGCACAGUAAUGAAAUCAGAGUGGAUUAUAACCUUAGUCACCUAGUAACCAAAGAUCUAGUCAGUUCGUUAUAUGAGUGGUCAUCUGUGUUGAGCACAGAAUCAUACCUGAAGAAGGCUGUAGAUUAUGUUCUUUGUGCAAUAUGUCACAUCUGUCCAGACUCGUUCACACGAAUAAUGGAAUGGAUGGGAAUUGUGAUAACUCCAGAAUAUGGUUUGACUGCGUCAAUACCUGAUGAUAGAAAGGACACUUCACGUUACCAUGAUUUAAUGACUGAUGAUUCAAAGGAAGCAAAUAGUGCACUAGGGCAGACAGUUGAAUCAGAACCCUCAACUCCCAUCAUUCUACAGGAGUUUAAACAUAUGUGUUUAGAUGAAAGUCAUUUGUUUACUCUAGCAUUAGCUUGUCAGUCGUCCCUGGCAACCAAGCAGUUGUUAGAGUCAGGGUUCCCAGCAGUAUUGGCUCAGGGAUUGUUUGAGUUCUGUAAUCGUGUGAUAUCAACGUUCGCUGAUUCAUGGUCACAACCCGAGGGAAUCUCAGAUUCUUGUAAGAGUAUGACUGGAACAACUGGGGAUAGCACAAGUACAACUAAUAACCACACAGGUUUGAUGGUGACAGCUGACAUGGUAUCUGCAGUAUUAAAUUUUUUCUCUGAGAUCUCAUCUCUACCGGCUAUGAAGGACUGGCUGGGUGGUGCUGAUGGUAACAUAUUCUGGCCGGUACUUCUAACAAUGUUGUGCAAUACACCUUUACACAGUCCCAUAUCUGUCACUACGUUCCCACAAAAAUUUGAGUUGAUCUCAGCAGAAGAGAGAGCGUGUAUAGAAACAGCGUCGGUUAAAUUUUUCCGGAGUGUAAUAUCAUGUCAUGUACCUAACCAGAUGUUGUUUGCUAAAGUUCUAUAUGAUGUCAUCAAAGAACAGGGAUCUACUAAUAAAGCUGUUGUGAAUAUAAUUGGUCCACUGUCUGGAUUCACUAGACGACUAUUGCCUACAGUUCUCUUCUUGAAGAUGAUAAUGUUCUGUGUGGCAUUCCGGGCUGCACCGAACAAACCACGAUACACGUACCACACCUCAGUGCUGUCUCAGCACCCACAGUUGAAGCAGACGGCAGUUCAGGACCAAUGGCAAGUCAAUAUGCAUAUUACUGUUGGUGAACUCGUUACUGUGGCGAGAGACGAGGAUGAGAAGCCCAGUAGGUGUGACUACGACUGA